AUGAGUAAUUUAACUGGAUAUAAUUACUGGCAAGAAAUAUUCGACGAAAGUGUAUCAAAAGUAUGGAGCCAAGAACCUAUUCACAUUCUAAAAAACCUUUCAAUGUUGUACUACUCCAUAGAAAGAGAAAUUAAAAAAAUCCAGGACACAUUACAAAGUGAUAUAACAGAUUUGAGAAACUCUGUGCAAACAAGCAAAAUAGCCCAAUUUUCAGAUUUAGGAAAUAAUAAUAGGUUGCCAGAAAAACAAAUAAUUAAAGAACCACUGAAAGAAUUACCAUCGAAUAAUGAUAGCAGCUCCAUAAUUAUAUCUGAAGAUGAACAGUCUAGUGGUAAAACCAUCGACUCCAGCCCUGAAAUCAAUAAGAAAUCUAAAAAUUGUAUAUUCAAAAGACGCCUGAAACGCAGGCAAUUAAAAAAUGUAAAAGAAAAUGGAACUCGAAUUUCGAAUGAUUUUUUAAUGGAUAUAUCAAUUCCAACAAUAAGUACCCCUAAAAAAAGUGCAGUUGAUACCCCACAAAAAUCUGGCAGCGAUAUGGAUUUUUCAAUAGUGCAGUGUACUCCAGUACCAAAGCCAGAGAAAAAAGGAUCAUUUGCUUUACGUGUUUCCAAGAGAAAGCCACAAAAUUCCACUCUAACUCAAAUGUUUUUCCCAACAACAAGAGCAAAUAAUUUAUCAACAUCUAAAACCAUGUCUCCUAGUCAAAGUUACUCUAUGCUAGGAAUUACCAAAAUGGUUAGCUAUUUAAAUAAAGAAACCCCAUCAGCUAAUAGAAAACAAUCAAUUAGCUUAAUUUCCGAUGAUGACAAUUCCUCAUUAAACAGUGGCAUGAUUCAAGAAGCACACAUUGAGGAAGAUUUGAAUGACCUUCUAGCAAAAGCCCAAAGCGUUCCAGAUCAAAUCGAAGCAGCUCCUGUAGUCAGAGGCAAAGCAAGGCAGGCCCUACCAGCUUGGUGUUGCAAGGAUUGCGAACGGUUUUACACAAGACAAGGUUUAACUAAUGACCAAAUAUUGGCUUUGAGUAAAAAAUGUUCUAAACAUAGAGGGAAAUAUAGACCGAGGGAGGAUACUUUGCCUGGGUUUUGGGAUAUGAAUAUUUUCACUCCUGCUGCUGAUAAUGAUUUGUAA